GCCUAACUUACCCUUUUUAAUACCUCUUCUGCUUCCUCUUCAAUCCCAAGCGAGCUUCAGCGUCAUCAAUGUGGAUGUUGUUGUUUUUGUUGUUUGUUGUUUGUUGUUUGUUGUUGUUGUUGUUGGCUUUUAGCUGCUCUUUUGCCCACCUCGCGCUGUCUUUUCACUUUCGUUGACGACGCUUUGUUAUUAUUAUUAUUGCUGCUGCUGUUGCUGUUGUAACUGGUCGCGGACGCGGCGGGGCAUGCAACACUAUCCUCAGUCAAAUGUCGACGCCGACUGCGCAGCAUCGCUGUAACCGAAACGGUAAAUGUUUGUUGGCAAACCUGGGCAGCGCACAGUUGCAUUUUGGCGCUCGUCGCUAACGAUUCGCAUGAGCCGCAUUAACCAGCCACGAGCGGAACUUCCAAGCCGUAAAGCGAAAACCGCCCGAAACUCAGCCAAACGCGGCGCCUGCGCUGUUGUCGAAAACCGAAAACCGUUAAUAUAGCCCGCCCCGGGCCACCCAGCAUCAGCGGGCACAACGACAUUAUAUAACCGUGGGCACGGGCCCCCAGUUUUCAGUUUCAGUUUCAGUUCGAGUUAAGUUUGAGUUAUUCUGCCAUUUGCAGCUGCGCGCGCAUAUUUUGCGGCUCGGACAGCGCCGGUAACGCCCACAUUUGGCUAAUUAAUGCGCAACGGGAGAAAAGAAAAGCAAAGUGUAGCUGGAAAAAUCUUGGAAAUUAUAAUAUUUAUGGCAUAAAAAGGUUUUGAGAGGCGAAUGCGUGUUAUUAAAGAAGUCAGCCGGGGCCAGAGUCACCAGAGUUUAACUCGGCAGCUCAUUUGACUGCAAGCGUGAAAGUGAAAAGCAGCCGUAACAGUAACAAUAGUCGCAACAGCAUCAUCAGCAUCAGCAGGAUACCGCUACUGGCAUCUGGCAUCUGCCACGGCCACAGCCGCAGCUGUCUGGGUCUGGGUCUGGGUCAGUCAUGCGCGCGAUCAGUCGCUGAUGCCGUGCGGUUGCUUGGCGAGCAGCGACAACAUGAUGAAGCUAUCGUCACAACAACAACAACAACAACAACAACAACGGCAACAACGGCAACAACAACAGCGGGCAACACACGCACUGGCGCUGACCUUGCGCUGGCUCUGCCUGCUGCUGCUGGUGCACAACGCCGCACAGUUUGAGACAGACUGCGGCUGUCGACCCGGACGUCGCGAGGCACGGAUUAUUGCCGGCGCUUCCACGCACGAGGGCCAAUUUCCGUGGCAGGCCUCGCUGGAGCUACUGCAUCCCUCGCUGGGCUUCCUAGGCCACUGGUGUGGUGCUGUGCUCAUUCAUCAGUACUGGAUACUCUCCGCAGCCCACUGCGUGCACAACGAUCUCUUUAAUCUGCCCAUUCCACCGCUGUGGACGGUGGUGCUGGGCGAGCACGACCGCAAUGUGGAGACGGGCAAUGAGCAGCGUAUUCCCGUUGAGAAAAUUGUGCUGCAUCAUCAGUAUCACAACUUUCGACACGAUGUGGUGCUUAUGAAGCUGUCCAAGCCCGCGGACCUUUCACGCUCCUCCCACAUUCGGCGCAUUUGUUUGCCUUUCAUGCUGCGCGAAUCACCGGAGGCACCAGCGACAACGACGGAGGACGUUCUCAGUCAACAACUGGAGCUGGACGAUGUACCUGAGAAGAUUGACAAUUUUCUGCGCAGUGCGCAGAGUCGCAGACGCUACCGCAAUGUGACAGCUCCCAGUUCCAUAGACGUGUCCAUGCGGGAGCUUAUGAACAUGAAGAUCCUCAGUCGCUUGCGCCAGGCGCUGCGGCAGUCGCAGCGCUCACCGCGCAGCCAAAAACGCACGCGGCGGCGCAACGACAAGCUCAUGAAGCUCAAGCUGGACUCGGAGCAGGACACACAAUUCGCCAGAGGCGGGGACUCGCACGAGAUGCCCUUCAUUGACUGUGUGGCCACGGGCUGGGGCAAGGCGAACAUUAGCGGCGAUUUGUCCAAUCAGCUGCUCAAGACGCAUGUGCCGCUGCACCAAAACGGCAGAUGCAGGGACGCCUACGGCAGCUUUGUGAAAAUUCACAGCGGUCAUUUGUGCGCUGGCCACCUCAACGGAGAGGGCGGCACCUGUGUGGGCGAUUCCGGCGGUCCUCUGCAGUGUCGCCUCUCUCGUGACGGUCCCUGGAUAUUGGCCGGAGUCACCUCCUUUGGUUCGGGCUGUGCACUUGAGAAUUUCCCAGAUGUUUACCUACGCAUCUCGUAUUACUUAAAUUGGAUUGAGGACACGAUUGCCUCACAUUAAGGCCAGUUCCGGUUCAAAAUAUUAAUCGAUACGCGUUAAUCGUUAAUCGAUAAUCUUGUACAGUUAUCAUGCUGCAUAUGUAUAUUUAUCGAGUGCAAAGAAAUUACCAUUAACCUUAAAAUUUUACAUAAGCAUAAAA